CUCCGCAGAAUCGCCACCUUAACGUGGUGGAGGGGUUUGAGUAUCCCUGUGACCCAGAUGGUGAUUUUGUCUUGAGGUUCAGCCUUCAGUGAGGCUUCCCAGGGCAGGUUGCCAUUGGGGAGGGAUGAGACUAAGAGCGAUUCAACAUUUUCAGUGAAGGACUACCAAAGGGAUCAGGCAGUUAGGAAAUGAACAGGAUAGAAUAUUUCAUCCUGUAAUUUCUUUGAGAAAUUUGCUGAAGUGGUUUGCUCCUCAGGGCCACCAUAGUUGAUAAAUUAGUUCAUAGUAAACAAAUUGUAUGACUAAAUUCAUUAGAAUGGUUAAAAAAAAAGUUGAAAUUCAAUCAGAGUGUGGCACAUGUAUUAUGUUUGCAGAAACACGACUGAGUGAGCAAUCUCAGAAACAAACUAUCUUUGAUACAUUGCUCUUCUGUUACCAUGGCAACAAGAAUUCGGGCAGUUGGGGGAAAGUGAAAACGCCGAGCGCGCUUUACUCUUUUUUUCCUUUAGAAAACGUUCAUCUUUUGUCGUCCAGCCAAUCAACUCUGAGCUCCCCAGCCCCUUCACCCUCCUUCUCCUCUUCCUCAACUGGCCGCUGCUUCUUCUCUGGCUCAUAAAUAUCACAUCGGUCAGCUGGGUUGCAAUUACAGCAGCUGCUCACGAAUUGAACGAAUAAAAACCUCCAGCUGCGAUCCGUCUUGCACCAGCCAACAUGUCUGUCGAGGAAGAGUUCAAGAAAGUGGCCGACCAGGUGAAGAAUAUGAAAACAAAGCCUACAGAUGACGAGAUACUGAUGCUGUACAGUCUGUACAAACAGGCCACGGUUGGAGACGUUAAUAUAGACAAACCAGGUCUAACUGACUUAAAAGGAAAAGCAAAGUGGGAAGCUUGGGAAACCAGGAAAGUUCAUCCGUUUGCAUCAGAAGCAGAGUUUAAAGCUACAGUGGAGAUUGUGAGGAAAUUCAGAGAAGGUGUUGGAAAAGAGCUGCACCAGAAACUGCUGCAGAGAGCCACAGAAAGGAGGAACUGGUUGGAGGAGUGGUGGUUAGACACAGCCUAUCUGGAGGUCCGAAUCCCCUCUCAGCUGAAUGUAAACUUUGGUGGUCCCGGCCCGUACUUGGAGCAUUUCUGGCCUCCUGCUGAAGGAAGUUCUCUUCAGAGGACCAGUAUUAUAACAUGGCACACGCUGCAGUACUGGGAUCUGCUCCGCACGGAGAGACUCGCUCCCCAGAAAGCUGGGAAAACCCUGUUGGACAUGGAUCAGUUCAGGAUGCUCUACUGCACCUGCAAGAUUCCUGGAGUGAAGAAGGACACCAUUCGUAACUACUUCAAGACAGUAAGCGAGGGGCCGUGUCCUUCCCACCUGGUGGUGAUGUGCCGCGGUCGGAUUUUUACUUUUGAUGCACUGUUUGAUGGACAGAUCCUCAGUCCUCCAGAGCUCCUCAGGCAGCUGAUCUUUGUGAAGGAGCGCUGCGAAGGAGAGCCAGAGGGAGACGGAGUGGCCGCUCUCACAUCCGAUGAGCGAACUCGCUGGGCAAAGGCAAGAGAGCAUCUAAUCAGCAUCGAUCCGCACAAUAAGACGAUUCUGGAGACCAUUCAGAGCAGCCUGUUUGUCAUCUCUCUGGACGAAUCCAAACCCUACUCCACUCCAGAAAACUACACAAAUCUGACGGCUGCGGCCCUUACAGGCAACCCGACCAUCCGGUGGGGGGAUAAAUCCUACAACUCAAUCGCUUUUGCAGACGGCAGUUUUGGAUCCACCUGUGAUCACGCACCUUAUGACGCGAUGGUUCUGGUGUCAAUGUGUUGGUAUCUUGACCAGCAAGUCAGAGCUGCAGAGGGACAGUGGAAGGGCUCAGACACGGUCAGGCAGAUGCCCCUCCCUGAGGAGCUGCUGUUUACGCUGGAUGAAAAAGCCUACAGUGACGUUCAUCAUGCCAAACAGCAGUAUCUGGAGUCUACCCACGACCUUCAGAUCGUGUGCUACGCCUUCACAGCUUUUGGAAAAUCAGCCAUCAGACAGAAGAAGCUGCAUCCAGACACUUUUAUCCAGAUGGCAAUGCAGCUAGCUUACCAAAGAUUACACAAGAAACCAGGAAGCUGCUAUGAGACGGCAACGACGCGCAAGUUUUACCACGGCAGGACGGAGACCAUGCGGCCCUGCACACGGGAGGCUGUGACCUGGUGCAAGGCCAUGAUGGACCCUGCAUGUGAUGUGAACGGUCAGAGGACCGCCAUGCUCUCAGCUUUUAAUAAACACAACAAACUGAUGUCUGAGGCUCAAGAUGGAAAUGGGUUUGACAGACAUCUCCUUGGGCUUUAUCUCAUUGCUAAAGAAGAAGGACGUCCGACCCCGGAGCUGUUCUCUGACCCGCUUUACUCCAGGAGUGGCGGCGGCGGAAACUUUGUGCUGUCGUCCAGUCUGGUGGGCUACACAACAAUAAUGGGGGCGGUGGCUCCGAUGGUUCACCAUGGUUACGGGUUCUUUUACCGCAUCAGAGACGACAGGAUUGUGAUCUCCAUCACAGCUUGGAAGUCCUGCCAUGAGACGGAUGCAGCCUCACUCUUUAACGCCUUCUCCAGCUCCAUGCAUGAGAUGCUCCACUUGGCCACCACCUCUCAGCUUUAAGUACUUCUCCAAAAGCAGGAGGAUUUAAUCAUUUCUUUUUGUUAUUCUUCUGUGCACAUGCAGUUCAGACUGAGUUUCAACCGACAGCUAGAUCAGCGCAAAUCAAUGCAAAGGAGCAGUCUGCUCCUCUAAUUGUAGUAUUUGAAAAUUUCUUGUAGAUAUUGAUUUAUGUUAUAAUUUCAUAUUGUGUGUACAUAUAUCUCUUUAAAUUUUCUAGAUUUGAUGUAAAAUUUGUUGAUUUGUAUUUAAUUGUUGCAACAAAAAACAUUUUUAGCCUUAAAAAGCUGCUUAAAUGCGGCUUCUUCCGACGGACCCCGAAUCAGCCUCCAUGUUGAAAUCGAAUUUUCUGAAAUACGAAACAAAGAGUUCUGAAUGUGAAGGGAAUAGUCUUAACAGAACAGAUUUAUUUUGUCUAAAUAUCCCCUUUAAUGAAGCCCAGCAGCUCAUUAAACGAACAAUCAGUACUGAUACUCAUAUAAAAAAAUCUAAUGGUUUGAGGCUGAGGGCAGCUAAUGCAUUCUGGCAUUAAUGUAAAAUGUUUCUCUACUUAUUUGUAGUGAUCACUGUACACUGAAAUAUUUUUAAAAAUAUUCAUGCCUUAAAUUGGAUUGAUUGUUCCACACCUUUGCCUUCUUUUAAUAUUCUCAGAUCUGUGAUUAUGCAAGCUGACUCUACCUCUUCAUGAUGCUCAAAUGGGUUCCUCACCUUUGAUCUGUCAUGGAUUCAUUAAAUUAAUUUUAAUUGUGCACUUUUAGAACUGUGGCUAUUGUAAGGCUCCACAAAAGCUGUGGCUUCCAGUGUUUGUGUGUUGCUUCAUUUAAGGAAAUACAUAACAAAUGUGGUUUUACAACCUUUGAACUUUCCCUCAUUUUUAUCAUGUUAAAACCACAAACUUUUAUGUAUUUUAGUGGGAUUCCCUGUGACAAAGUUAUGCAUAAAUGCAAAGUUAAUAAUGAUAUUCCGUUCCCACGUUUGUGUUUUUGUCAGUAGUUUGUAGGACCACACUUAAGAAGUGAAAUUUGGAUGAAGAGCGUCUGUGAUCGUUCAUAAAAUUUUGUAUUUAAAUCAUAAAGAAAAACAAAUAAAUUAUGAAAAAUGUAGCCCUGUUUGAUACAAGAUACGUCUCAGUUUAAGAAAUUGGCUGCUUAUCAAUUAAUCGUCAGUUGAUCGAUAAAAUGUCAACUUCAGAUUAACUCUUUAAUUAUUUUCCCUGGUUCUGUUAUUUUUAGCCCAAAUCCUUAUGAGCCUUUGUAGGCUGCAAAUCCCUGGUCUAGUCCAUCACAUCCCAGUGAAACACGUUUUAAUUGGUGAUUGUAAUGUGUCAAAAUGUGGAAAAAUCUAAGCAUAAGGCACUGUGAAGCUAUGUUAAGAUGUUUGCUGCCUUGUUUAUUGAUCUAAAAUCUCACCAACUGCUUUGAACUCCAAACAAAAGGCUGAAUGUUUCUAAUUGCUGCUGAUUAAUGUCCCAGACAGACUUGAUUUUAACAGCAUUCUUUACGCUUUUGUAAAUUUCACAGCUAAUGUUUCGAUUCUGAACACAUUUAUUGGAGGAGGGAAAGCUAAUUAUGUAUGCAAACAUUGUAAUUUGUUGUGAAAAGUCUUUUGAGAAAUAAAGAAGAGAAUGAUUCAA